AUGAUGUACUCAAGCAGAGAAUCGACGCCUUCAAAUGUUUCGCAUUCAGGCUACAAUGGCGUUUGUAUCAUGAGCACUGCAUGGAAAGAUGAACAGCAUCCAUCCUUCAUCAACUUCAUCUCCUCGUUUCUUGAUGCAAACUCUUACAGAUUAAAUUUUGUGCCGAUUGCUCCUGAUUUCAUCUUUAACACCGGAGGACUUUCUGUAGCCUUCAUAUUUGUGACUAAUUGGGAUGUCGAGUGUGCUGAACCAAUCUUUAGCAAAAUUUCGAAGAUGAGGAGGCAGUUUGCAAACUUCUAUGUGGUUGUUACUCUCCCGACCAAGGAUCAGAAUGACUCCUUCAUACGUUCUUAUUUCAAAUACGGCAUGGAGUUUGGUAAGCCGACUUUCAUUCCUGUGAAAGACUUGGAGAUGGGAUUCGAAAAGAUUGUAAAGGUAGCUCAUGCACGUGGAGUUUGCAAGAGGCAGGAUGCAAUAGCUAAACUGAAGGCUGAGAGAGAAAAGUCAGUGCAGUCCAUGGACCUGUACAUCAAAGUGGUUACAUCCGUUCCUGGAAUUGAUAGCCAUGAUGCAAAUGCGCUCAACCAAGCCGUUGGUUCCAUAGAAGCAAUAGCCAAAGCAUCAAAGGAAUACAUUUUGGAGAAUACUGAUCUUUCAACCGAGAAAGCCGAGACGGUUGCAAAAUUUUUCAGAGACCCAAAGUAUUACCUUGGUCCCAAAAUCGGAUGA